AUGGUCACCCUCUCCGAUGUCCAGGCAUCUAAUGCCCAAAUCCCCACGGCGCUUCCAUCCGGCCUCGUGGCCGUCUUCGUCGGCGCAACAAAUGGCAUUGGCGAGUCUACGCUGAUGGAAUUCGCGCGCCAUGCCCGUCAGCCUCGCGUCUAUCUUGUCGGUCGCUCUCAAGAAGCGGGCGACCGGAUCGCUACCGAAUGUCGGCAGUUGAACCCGGACGGCGAGUUUACCUUCAUCAAAGCGGAUCUCAGUCUGAUGCGAAACGUCGACGAUGUAUGUCGCGAGAUCGAAAGCAAGGAGAAUGUCAUCAAUCUUCUCUUCCUUAGCUGUGGCGUUGCGAUGACGGGCGUCGGUUCGUCUGUACGUCCAACCGCGGAGUUUGGUGCUGAUAUCCGUCUAGAUACGAGCGAAGGCCUGCACGUCAUUCUAGCCGUGGGAUACUACGCCCGCGCGAGAUUCACUAUUAACCUGCUCCCGCUGUUGCGAAAAGCCACCGGACUCCGACGCGUCGUGACAGUCCUAGCCGCAGGUCACAACGGGCCCAUCUACACAGACGACAUCCAAGCACGUAAUAUAUCCGUAUUCUCACUACGCGGUCACGUAGUCUCGAUGACAGACAUGCUCCUCGAAAAACUGGCGGAACAAGCGCCGGAAGUGAGCUUCGUGCACGACUAUCCGGGCGCAGUGAAAACGGGCAUUGGGAGAGAUGCCAACACCAUGCUGGUGCGUAUCGUCUCCUGGAUAAUGCCCGUCGUCGGAAUGUUCCUGUACAUCCCUAUCAGAGAGUCCGGAGAACGACACUUGUUCUUCGCGACCAGCGCCAAGUACCCUGCCCCAUCUGACGAAACGGCUGGAGUGCCUGUCCCGGCCGGAGUCCAUGUGGCUGAUGGAACCGAUGGCGCAUCGGGCAGCGGAGUGUACAGCAUUCAUUGGAACGGCGAGAGUGCUGGGCCCAAGGUGGUUCGGCUCUUACGUGGGAUGCGCGAGGAGGGAAUGACGCAGCAGGUGUGGGAUCACACCGAGGGGGAAUUCAAGCGAAUUUUUGAUUCUAAGCCAUCUCGCGACGAAUGA